AUGGAAUUCGAGGUUUUGGCGAAAUGCAGUACAACGCGUGCACGUGUAUCCCGAAUGAAAUUGGCUCAUGGGGUGACAGUACUUCCUACCUUCAUGCCUGUGGCCACCCAGGCAGCUAUUAAAGGUCUCACUGCUCAGCAAGUUGAAGCACUCGGCAUUUCGUUGAUACUCAACAACACAUAUCAUCUCAAUCUGCGGCCAGGGACAAAGGUCCUGAAGGAAGUGGGAGGUGCUCACAAGUUUCAGGGAUGGAGACAUAACCUGUUGACCGACAGUGGCGGAUUUCAACUAGUAUCGCUCAAUAAAUUUACGAAGAUCACCGAGGAAGGUGCACUGUUUGAAAGUCCAUUCACUGGCGAACCCACGAUGCUUACGCCUGAAGAGAGUAUCUCAAUACAGCACGCUAUUGGAUCAGAUAUCAUGAUGCAGCUGGAUGAUGUAGUCCAUACGCUCACAGAGGGCCCUCGUGUGAGUGAAGCGAUGUGGAGGACGAUUCGGUGGCUAGAUCGAUGCAUAGAGUUCCAUGAAAAAUCUGGCAGAAAGGACAUGCAGAACCUGUUCGCGAUCGUCCAAGGAGGGAUUGAUCCCGUACUCCGAGAUCAUUGUCUGGAUGAGAUGAUCAAGAGGAAGGAUCGCGUCGCAGGAUACGCGAUUGGGGGCCUCAGUGGAGGAGAAGCGAAAGACACUUUCUGGAGAAUUAUCAAGCAAUGUGCAGACAAACUUCCAGAAGACCGACCUCGGUAUUCCAUGGGCAUUGGCUUUGCCGAAGACUUGCUCGUCUGCGUUGCGCUCGGGAUCGAUAUGGCUGACUGCGUCUUUCCCACUCGCACAGCCCGCUUCGGCGUGGCGCUGACUUUGAACGGGCCUCUGAACCUCCGGCUUAAGAAGCAUGCAGCUGACCUACGCCCGAUCGAUGAGUCAUGUCCAUGCCCCACCUGUGCAGAUGGGAUGUCGCGGGCGAUGCUACACCAUUUAGCAACGAUCGAGACUGCCGGUGCUCACGCGCUCACGCAACAUAACAUCGUCUUCCAAGCGCGGGUAAUGGGUGGCGCCCGAGACGCUAUCAUUAAUGGGACUUUCCCUGCCUAUUUGAAGACAUUCUUCGCUAACUACUUCGGGGACGCUGGAUAUCCGGAGUGGUGCAUCAACGCACUUAGAAGCGUCGGCGUCGAUUUGCUUGAGGGCAGGCGAGAUACGAAGGUGGUUCCGGGAGACGGCGCGAAGUGGGAGUACUCCAGUGCAGCGUGA